AUGGUCGCUGUCAUGACACAGAUUGAAGGCAGCUUGCCGGGUGCGAGGUCACCGCACGCCCCGCUGAAGUUGGGAUCUCCCGACCGUGAAACAGACCAGACGGGGGUCUCUUCGCUAUUCAAGGAGGCCGCGGAGGUCUUUGACAUAACCCCGGAAAUCGCCCUGCAGAUGCUAUGCAGCAACGUGGAGAACUUGAAUGCGCAGUUCGCAAACCUCGACGAAUCCAGUUCGCAUAGCUCUACCCCAGUGGGAAGCGAGGUCCAGCCAGAAGGAGGGCUCUCAAUCAACCCUGUGGGCCUGCAUUGCCGGGACCCCGAUGACUCGGGCCAGACAAGAGAAGAUGCGUUCCAGCUCGCACUCUUGUCGCGCAAGUUCCUCUCGAAGAAAGUGCCACCCAUCCCGUUAAAGGAUUAUCUGCAGCGCCUUCACCGAUACUGUCCUAUGUCUACGGGCGUGUUUCUGGCUACAAGUCUCUAUAUAACCAAGAUGGUGCUGGUUGAAAAGGUCCUCCAUGUGACGCCCAAGAAUAUGCACCGGCUUGUCCUUUCGGGUCUUCUCGUUGCGACAAAGGCCUUGGAAGACAUCAGCUAUCCACAUAGUCGCAUCGCGAAGGUCGGUGGGGUUAGUGAGCUGGAGCUGUCGAAGCUAGAGAUCAGCUUCUGCUUUUUGGCGAAUUUCGAGUUGCGGGUGGAUGUGCAGAUGCUGGCGGACGAAGCCAAGCUCCAGUCCAGGGCUGAUUCUGCGCCAGAAAACCAGAGCCAUUGA